UAGACAUAGAGGUAGGACUUGCGACGAGAGUAGGAGAGUAUAGAUACGCUGUAUCUGGCUUUGAUGUCGCAUUUCUAGUUUGACUGUACGACUGGUGACACCUAGCUGCUUUUCAAUUUAACAAGGGAAUUAAAGAUAAUCGUUAUUAGCAAUGAGCGGAAACCCGGAUUACAAGGCGGCAAAGUCUGUCUACGACUUUACCGCGAAAUCAAUCAAAGAUGAGGAUGUACCUCUGUCAAAGUACGCUGGGAGGGUGUUAUUGAUUGUGAACGUUGCUUCGAAGUGCGGUUUGACUCCAACAAACUAUAAAGAACUUAAUGAACUACACGAACAGUACAACGAGAAGGGUCUAAGCAUCCUGGCCUUUCCAUGUAAUCAAUUCAACGGACAAGAACCCGGAGGCAGUGACGAAAUUUGCAGUUUUGCCGAUCGUCAAAAGUUUCAGGUGAAAUUCGACCUGUUCGAAAAGGUCGACGUUAACGGCGACAACGCUCAUCCUCUCUGGAAAUAUUUGAAGCAUAAGCAGGGGGGACUUCUGGGUAGUUUCAUCAAAUGGAAUUUCACAAAGUUCAUCGUCGACAAGGAGGGCAAAGUCGUUGAGAGACAUGGACCGAACGUAGAUCCGAGCAAGUUAUCCUCACAUAUCGAGAAAUAUUUGUAAGGGGUGACGUUAUAAUUGCACACACGUUAAUUGGAACUGAUAAAUUUUGUCACG